AAUUAUUAUUGUCAGUACAGCGAUCUCCUUCAAAUUCAAUUGACUUGCUAGCAUGUCUGGGGGAAAGAAGACUGAGGAGGGACCUGGUAACAGUCUUCCAAUAUGUUAUAAAGAGGAGAGUGAUCAAUCGUUCCCCACCUCCACUGAGGGUAGGACGCAAAUGGGCUGCAUGGGAGAUUAAGGUGCCAUAAUAGGAAAAACUUUCCAACUCUCAGGGUAGUUAAGCUCUGGAGCAGGCUUCCAAGGGAGGUGGCAGACUCCCCACCACUGGAGAUUAAGAACAGGCUGGACAAACCCCUGUCAGGGGUAGUUUUAGUUUACUUGGUCCUGCCUGAGGGCAGGGGGGCUGGACUUGAGGACUUCCCGUGGUCUCUUCCAGCCAUACCUUAUCUGUGAUCCCAUGGCUAAGGCUGGAGCUGGAGCAGUUAAUGCAAAGUGGAUUUAGACGCAGAGCAGGCAGAGAUGGAAGACACGUGUUAGGCAACCAACACCUCCUCCAUCCCUCGCUGGAGCCUUGCUAGGAGGACGGAGUAGAUGUCGCCUAAUGACCAAUUCCUUCCCACUGGCUCUCCCCUAGUCCCCACCGCAGGCCCGGCUCGGAAUCCCCAGAGCAGCGAAGCGGGGCUCCGGCCAGCCCUGGGUGCGGAGGCGAGCUGCGGAAGGAUGCCAAGGGGCUGGAGCUGGGCUUUUCUGAACAAGGCUGAUUUGCUGUGGGACUUGAGGCCUACUUUUCAGAGGCGGUAGGAAAGAACAAACAACAAACAAAGUCUCUGUGAGCGAGAGAGGACAGUGAUUCACUAAUACUCUACACCUGAAGUGAAACACAGUCUCUCAGUUGCUGUUGCAAGCACAACUCAAUAUGAAUGAGGAAGUGGAUUCCAAUUCUUCACUCAGUUGGCCUCAGAUGCUGAGUUUCAAUGGGACAUACAAGCAUCCAUACCCAGACCACAACAUUUCCUAUGUGGACUUCUACCUUCAUCAGCCAGCAGUGGCAGCCGUCUUCAUCAUCUCCUACCUCCUCAUCUUCCUCCUGUGUAUGCUUGGCAACGGAGUGGUUUGCUUCAUUGUUCUGAGGAGCAAGCACAUGCGCACAGUCACAAACCUCUUCAUCUUGAAUCUGGCUGUCAGUGACUUACUGGUGGGGAUAUUCUGCAUGCCCACCACUCUCCUCGAUAACAUCGUAACAGGAUGGCCCUUUGGGAGCAUGGUCUGCAAAAUGAGUGGGAUGGUCCAGGGAAUCUCUGUCUCAGCCUCCGUUUUCACUUUGGUUGCAAUUGCAGUUGACAGGUUCCGAUGCAUUGUUUACCCAUUUAAGCAGAAGCUCACCAUAUCAACUGCGGUUGUCAUUCUAGCAGUCAUCUGGGUUCUGGCUAUUGCCAUCAUGUGUCCGUCUGCAGUCAUGUUGCAGGUACAAGAGGAAAAGUAUUUCAGGGUGAUCCUCGGCUAUGGCAAUCAAACCAGCCCUAUAUACUGGUGCCAGGAGGACUGGCCCAACCAGGAAAUGAGAAAGAUCUAUACAACAGUGCUGUUUACCAACAUCUAUCUGGCCCCCCUUUCACUCAUCGUCAUUAUGUAUGCCAGGAUAGGGAUCGCUCUCUUCAACAAAGCGGCACCUGUACGGGGAAAACAGAGCCAGGAGCAGCGCCACUCCGUGUCCAAGAAGAAGCAGAAGGUGAUCAAAAUGCUCAUCGUUGUGGCUUUGCUUUUCAUCCUGUCCUGGCUCCCCUUGUGGACUUUGAUGAUGCUCUCAGACUAUGCCAAUCUGACAGCGGUCCAACUGCGGAUCAUCAAUAUUUACAUCUACCCCUUCGCUCACUGGCUGGCCUUUUUCAACAGCAGCAUCAACCCGAUCAUCUAUGGCUUCUUCAACGAGAACUUUCGCCAAGGCUUCCAGGCAGCCUUUAAGCUUCAGCUCUGCUCUGGGGAAAUGAUGCGCAGGGAGUUCUACUCCCAGCGGGGCCAAAGCAAUGCCAUAUUACCGGCAACCACCCACCAGCUGCUGGAGGACCAACCGUCUCAAAAUGCCAAGGAUGAGGGGAAACCAAUUCAGAGAGGGAACUGGAUGAACAACCAGCACGACUUGAUGAUGGAAGACCUAGAAAAGGCAACCAACGACAAUGGAGUAAAAUGAAAUUUGCUGUGAACUGGUUUAUUCCAACUUCCCUUGGCAGAGUCUGAUGUGGUGUGAGGUUCACACGAUUUAAGCCCAGUCCCCUCGCUGGCAAAAACAAAACAAAACACAUCUUAAGAAGUUACUAUUGUAAAGUAUGUAUAACUUGUAUAAUAUCUGGUUGCUUGGACUAGAUAUGAGGCCUAAUUCUGCCCCCCUUUAUACCAAUGUAAAUCAGGAACAACUCCAAUAUAAGUAUAAGUGAGAGCGGAUUGAAGACCACUGAUUUAAAUGGAGAUGCUCCUGAUUUACAUUUGGGGAGUAGAAUCAAGCCUGUAUUGUUUUAGUUUUACACUGUUCUCAGAAUCGGUGAAACAGGGUUGCAUAAAGUUUUGUUAGAGAAAUGUUACAGCAUGUAAUGCUAUUAUUAAUCCAUACAACAGUUUUGUCAGAGUAGAAUUGGAAGAGGUUAUUGAUUUAUUUAAAAUCCACUUAGACUUUGGGGUUUGGACUGGGUGCAAAUCGUGGAAUGAUUCUGCUGGAACAUUUUCAUUAUUUUUUCAUUAGCCAAUUUUGGACACGAUCAAAAUUUUAUUUUGCAGAUUAGGAUGGUGGUUUAUAAGACUAAUGAAAAAUCCUCAACUUUUAAUUGAACAGUACCCAUUUUACAAAGUCAGGAUAAUCGAACACACCCUCAUUUUUACAAGUUAGCUGUUAAAUUAACUUCAUUUAUUAAUAGCCCCUCCCAGUAUCAUUGUUUUAUAUUUAUGGAUCAGACAUAUUAGCCUGUUCCUGAAAUCAUUCAUUCUGCUAUGUUACCAUUACCAUUAACUCAAAUGUUAGAGAUUUGCUUAAUAGAUCAGCAUUAAUGUUUUAAUAUCUCUGAAUGUAGAAUAUUGUGCCACCCAGCUUCCAGGCAAAUGUGUAAUUUGUCUUCACAGUGCUUCUGGCCUGGAGAUGUUGUAUGCUGUCUGUUUUUUUAAUAUAUCUGCCUGUUUGAACUGGUGUGAGGUAUGCAGCUUCUAUGGCUUCUUAUUUGUUCCACUUUCUGGCUGAUUCUUUAGUUAAUUUUGUGAUUGAACUGUCAUUUCAGUUUCUCUUUGUCUGAGAAAUAAAAAGGAUUAAGGAUGUGAGAAAUAAAGGAAAAGCUGCUUUUA